UCAAGAAGAGCUUGCACUCCAGCGCAACGUUCAGUGAAGCACAGACGCACAGUCUCUCUCCUCGGGUCUCUUUCGAAACAUUUGGUGGAGCCAAACAAAAAAUAAGCAGCCAUGGAUGCCAUCAAGAAGAAGAUGCAGAUGCUCAAGCUCGACAAGGAGAAUGCCUUGGACAGAGCUGAGGGAGCCGAGGGAGACAAGAAGGCAGCAGAGGACAAGAGCAAACAGUUAGAGGAUGAAAUAAGUGAAUUGGAAAAGAAAUUAAGGAUCACCGAAGAUGAACGUGAUAAAGUGCUUGAUGAGUUCCAAGCCGCUGAGGAAAAGUUUCUGAACGCCGAGGAGGUGGCCACCAAGCUCGAGGAUGACUUGGUAGCUCUGCAGAAGAAGCUGAAGGGAACAGAGGAUGAGUUGGACAAGUACUCCGAGUCUCUUAAGGAUGCCCAGGAGAAACUUGAGGUGGCUGAGAAGACAGCCACGGACGCUGAGGCCGAUGUCGCUUCCCUUAACAGACGUAUCCAGCUAGUUGAGGAGGAGUUGGAUCGUGCUCAGGAGCGUCUGGCAACUGCCCUGACCAAGCUGGAGGAGGCUGAGAAGGCGGCUGACGAGUCCGAGAGAGGCAUGAAGGUCAUUGAGAACAGAGCCUCCAAGGAUGAGGAGAAGAUGGAGCUGCAGGAUAUCCAGCUGAAGGAGGCCAAGCACAUCGCUGAGGAGGCUGACCGCAAAUACGAGGAGGUUGCCCGUAAGCUGGUCAUCAUUGAGAGUGAUCUGGAACGUACAGAAGAGCGCGCCGAGCUUUCAGAAGGCAAAUGCUCUGAGCUUGAGGAAGAGUUGAAAACUGUGACCAACAACCUGAAGUCACUGGAGGCCCAGGCUGAGAAGUACUCACAGAAGGAGGACAAGUAUGAGGAGGAGAUCAAGGUCCUCACUGACAAGCUGAAGGAGGCUGAGACUCGUGCUGAGUUCGCUGAGAGAUCAGUAGCCAAACUUGAGAAGACCAUCGACGACUUGGAAGAGAAACUGGCACAUGCUAAAGAAGAGAACCUCGAUAUGCACCAGAUGCUGGACCAGACUCUAAUGGAACUAAAUAACAUGUGAAAGCCUGGUUUAAACACUAGUUUGGGCUUUCUGUAUUUGCAUCUCACAUGCCAUGAACCCUCCUUCCAUUCCAUGCCCAUGUUGAGGAACACAAACCCAUGCUUUUCCCUUUGCACCAUCCUGCUUUCAGUGGAACUCAACAAGGAAGGUACAGCAUUUCCUUAAUGAAACUCAAAAUGAGAAACACUUCUAUUUUUGCCAGCUGAUUGUAUAAUGAGGUCAGAAUUUUGUAAUCAUUGAGGUUAGUUUAUUUUUGACAAGUUAUCAGGUGAAAUUGCGUGCCAUUUGCUACGAAGGUUAUUUUUAUCUGCAUUUGAUAGAUUGAAGGGGAUGAAUCUGGCACAUACCCAUUUCACCCUGGUUAUGCACAUACCUUACAUUUCAAUCAAAGACAAAGUGGAAAAAUGUUUCACUUAAUUCAACUUCAACGUACGUACAGAAUUAGUAGUGUAGGAGAACAUGAUUUUAGUUUUUGAAUACUUUUGUAUUAAACUUUCCUCAAGUAAGUAUACAUUGGAUAAGCCUGUCCACAUGUAUAUUGGUGCUGUGUUAGGGGGUUGUUCCACCAAUUCGGUGCCUUUUUGAGAAGUGUUUCUUGAUUUCACCUGAUUUUCUGUCAUCAAGAGCACAUUCAUGUUCAAAGUUUUCCCAUCUCAAGACGGGGAAAAAAUACUAUAAGUGCCAAAUAAAGUAACAGGGUUGGUCAGACUGUAACAGGGUUGGUCAGACUGUAACAGGGUUGGUCAGACUGUAACAGGGUUGGUCAGACUGUAACAGGGUUGGUCAGACUGUAACAGGGUUGGUCAGACUAAUCUUAAAUCAUCCAUAAAACCCCUUGUGACAUGGGGAAUAGAAGUUUGUGUGCAACAGGGAGUGGUAAUUGAAGCCUGUACCUGGGUAACAGAGUUGACAUGUUAUGCUCGACCCACUCUGUUUUCCAAUUUGACUAUUAGAUACAUUUUUCAAAAGAAACAUUGUUUUCGAAAGGAAUAGUUUCAAAGAAACAAAAUGAUUGGAACUGUAAAGACAUUUUAGGGUUAAAUGGGGUCAAAUCUUCCUAGAGGAUUUUGGCACUUUAGCAAGUAUUUAUUCUAUAAAAAAAUCUGAUUUAUUGAAUUCUCCAUGUUUAUAUUAAAUGGCACUUCCUUUUAAUAUAAACUGCUUUUCAAAUUCAGUAUUGGUGCACAAUUUCUACUUAAUAUAUCAGAGGGAUGCAAAAAGCACUUCGUGGAACAACCCUAGGACAUUUUAGGAAAGGCCAAAAUAAUUUUUUAAAAUAAUUUUGCCUAUAUCAAUCCAUGGCUAGAAAGGGAUCUACGUAUACUGCUCGAGUUUUUUUCUUUCUUUUCAUCCUUGAACUCAUUACAAAAUCUCUAUGGCAACAUUCUUGCUAAAUGCAUUCCUGUUUUUUUUUGUUUAAACCAUGGUUCGAAACAACCAUUUUUGUAUUGUCUAGAAAUAUGAUUUGAAUCAUGUGGGUCUGCCUCACUUGUUUUACUAUUGUUUUAUGAAAUUAGAUGUUUUAAAUGUAUAUCAUCUGACAUGUAAAAAAAAAUAGUGAAUAUAAAUAAGAUUGCACAGUU